GGACAUCCUCCCCACUGGUGGUGAUGCAUACCACCGUCUCCGCCGAUCGGGCUUCUGCCAGGAUUGGUUUUUCAGCUACUCAUCUUCGGGCAGGACACCGUUCCGGAGCAUCGCCUCUCCUCUGAGCCCCUCCCGUCAUCGGCUCCUGUCCUCAUCUCUUCGUUCCUUUCUUGCCAUCCCCUCUUGCCUACUCAUUACCAUGUCCGGAGCCACUGUUCCCGGUCAACGCGUUUGCCUCAUCGUCAUUGAUGGCUGGGGCAUCACCCCCGAGACCAAGGGCAAUGCCGUCUACCAUGGCUGCACCGAGGUCAUGGACCGCCUUGCAGCUGAUGGCCAGCAUGUGUCGCUUGCGGCGCACGGUCGUGCUGUUGGUCUCCCCGCUGGGCUGAUGGGCAACAGCGAGGUCGGUCACCUGAACAUCGGCGCCGGGCGUGUUGUCGAGCAGGACAUCGUCCGCAUUGAUGCCGCCCUGCUGGAGGGUGAGUCUGGUCCUGUGGAGGAUAUCCCCAUCGUGCGGGACCUCUUCAACAAGGCGGCCGCUGGCGGGCGGCUGCACUUCCUCGGCCUCGUGUCCGAUGGCGGUGUGCACAGCCAUAUGGCGCAUCUGAAGUCCCUGAUGCUGGCGGCCCAGCGCACCGGCAUUCCGGAGUCCUUCGUGCACUUCUUCGCUGACGGUCGCGACACUGCCCCUACUAGCACCCUCGGUUACACUGAGCAGAUGCUCCAAUUCCUUGCCGAAAACAAGUAUGGUAGCAUUGCCACCAUGACCGGCCGGUACUACGCCAUGGACCGCGACACCCGCUGGGAGCGGACUAAGAUCGCGUACGACAUGCUGGUCGGCGGUAUUGGCGAGGCCAGCACCGACCUCCUCGCCACCAUCAAGGCUCGUUACGACGCCGGCGAGACGGAUGAGUUCCUCAAGCCGAUCAUCCACAACACCGAGGGCCUGAUUCGCGACGGUGACACUAUCCUCAUGUUCAACUACCGCUCGGACCGCAUGCGCCAGCUCGCCCAGGUGUUCAACCCCGAUAACCCGACCCUCCCCUUCGAGUCGGACUUCCCUCGCCCGAAGGACCUGCACAUCAAGACCAUGACCCGCUACCAUGCCCUGCUGGACUACGAUGUUCUCUUCCCCCCGAAGUCCAUGGAUAAUGUCCUUGCUCAGUGGCUCUCCAAGAAGGGCCUCUCCCAGUACCAUGUUGCCGAGACCGAGAAGUAUGCGCAUGUCACAUUCUUCUUCAAUGGCGGUCUGGAGAAGGCUUACGCCGGGGAGGAGCGCAUGAUGGUCCCCUCGCCGAAGGUGGCCACGUACGACCUCCUGCCGGAGAUGAAUGCCCAGGGGGUGGCUGAGGAGGUUGCCGCUGGCGUGCGCUCUGGGAAGCAUGCCUUCGUCAUGUGCAACUUCGCCCCUCCGGACAUGGUCGGCCACACGGGCAACUUUGAUGCUGCGGUGAAGGCCAUUUCUGCCACUGAUGCCGCCAUUGGCCUGAUUUCCCAGGCCUGCCUUGAGGCAGGUUACGUGCUGAUGAUCACCGCCGAUCAUGGCAAUGCUGAGCAGAUGAUCGACUCCGAGACCGGUCAGCCGCACACUGCUCACACUUGCAACCGUGUUCCAUUCAUCAUUCACCCCAAGGUGGCGGAUUUCCUGCCUGAGGACGAGGGGAUGCGUCUGUGUGAUGUGGCUCCAACCAUCCUCCGGGUGAUGGGGCUUGACCAGCCGAGCGAGAUGACCGGCCGCUCGCUUCUCGCCUAGUGCGGCCCCAAAUGGAGCCCACCCAUCCGAAUGCCCCCCCCCCC